AUGAGUAUUGUUGUUGGAUUUCCAAAAAAUCGUGGUGACUUCCUGGAAACAAGCUUGAAACAAACGCCAGAAUCAAUGGGGAUGACAACUACCACAGCCGGAACUUCAUCAACGAAGGAUCUGGUAGAUUUGGAAAAGAUUGUUCUGAAUUGGGCAAAACAAAUAUUUGAAAUAACCAAAUCGAAAGCUGAAGCAAGAAUUCCAAAAAAACAUCUGCAGUACAAUAUUAAUUGGUCACAUCUUCUGAACGAAUGUUUGGAGCCGACCUAUACAUUUGGCUCUGUAGAUACCAGAAAUACAAAACAGGCAAAGGAGGAACAGUGCCUUUUCAAAUCAACAUUCUCGAACACUACUGAUCGUGAGCAAGAAUACUCAUUUAAAACUGAAAGGUCGACGAGAAGUUCGGCAACAGUAGUUGUAGAGAAGGGUCUUUGUCGUGGAGUAGAAAUGGCCCUAAAACUGAAAACUCCUUGUGAAGUUGUUGAAGCGAACGCCGGUUUUCAUAACGAAAUUUCGGUUACACACAUUGGCGAAAAUACGGCAGAAGAAGAACUGAUUUGGGGUAUUGACAGUAACGUACGCGUUCCACCACGUUGUGAAGCUGUAGCUGAGCUAGUAAUCUUAGAAGAUCGGCAAGUCAGGAACUUCAAAAUGGAAAGUCGUCUCUCAGGAAGGAUAAUUGUUACAGUAACAAACCUAAGAGACAACAAUAGUCUGGUGACGAUAAUUGAGGGCAAUAUCGCUGAUAUAAUUCGAGGAAUCGCAAAUCAUCCAAAUAUGGGUUUUUCGGUUGCUGAAGAUAUCGUCACUUUUACUACAACUGGAGUUUGUAAGUUCAAAUACGGCGUUGAACAAAAAGUGAGGAUCACCGAAAGACCGUUGAGACAGUACUGA